AUGGAUUUUGAAUAUGGAUCUGAAUCUGAUUAUGAUAAUGAGUCUAUUACAAAUUCCUUAAAAAGAAGGAAACUACAAAAAGACGCCCAAAAAGAGACAAAUGGCAAUAAGUUAACCUCCAAAUAUGGUAUUGGUGCCAAACUAUUAUUUAAGAUGGGUUAUAAGGAAGGUUCUGGACUAGGUACUGGUGGUGGUAUUGUUGAACCUAUUCAAGCCACCAAACGUAAGAAUGCGUUUGAAGGUCUAGGCAUGAUGAGUGUUAAUAGAAGAAAUGAAUAUGAUUAUUCUAGUGAUAGUAGUUCUGACGAGAAACCAAUGUCUAAACCAAUUAGUUUUAAAGAACCAGUAAUAAUGGAUAAGGAUACUGAAAGAUUAAGAAUUGUUAUUGAUAAAUUGAAAGAUUUCCAAUUAUAUCAUAAAGAUAUCAAAUUACCUAAAAGUGUUCUAAAAUUAAUUGGGAAUUCUAAUGAUAAAACAAAUAAUGAUAAUUCAAAAUUAUCUGACUUAGAAAAUAUUUUAGAUAAAUUUGAAAAAAUUAAAAAUGAAAUGAACAUUAUUGACCGACGAGUAUCAUUAUUUAAACCUCAAAUGAUUGAAUAUGAUCAACAAUUAAAACUCUUAAUUGAAAUACAAGUUGGAUUAAAAUCUGAAACGAUUGGUUUUAUAGAGAAAUGCAAAUUAAUUCUAAAACUUUCCAAUGAUCAAUUAAUUGAUAAGCUGAUUUCUAAAUUAAUUCAGAAUACUUUCUCAAUUGACAAUCUUAAUGAUAAUAUGGAUUCGAAUUGUUAUCAAUUGAACGAAUUAAUUGAAUUGUUAAGUUAUAAGGAUUAUUUUAAGAUUACUAGUGAUAAAUUGUUAAAUCGGAUUCAAACAAAUAUUUUCAAAAUUAUUUAUCCAUUAAUAUGUGAAGAAUUACAAGAUAUUAAUUUUUUAAAACUUGAAAAUUUGGAAACUCUUAAACUUGUUUCUAAAUUAAUUAAUUUAUCGAAUAUAUUACAAUAUAUUAAAAUUUGGGAUAAUUUAAUUUUUAAAUAUAUUUAUCAACCAAUCGUAAUUUUUAUGAAAAAUAAUAAUGGUGAUGAUGAUGCUAAUGAUAAAAAGAAUAUUAUUAAUAAAAACAUAUUAAUUAAUUAUAAAAAUUUACAAGUAAUCCUAAAUCAAGAUAUGAAAUUUGCAAUUAGUUCAAUUGUCAAAGAGAAUUUUGAGAAAUAUUUAAUCCAUUGGAAUUCUAUUGAUUCACCUUUAUACGAUAAUUCAACAAUUGAGUUAAUUAAAGAGAUUAUCAAUAUUGAUAAUUUUUAUCAAUUAAUAGAUGAAACAAAAUUUAUAGAAAAAUUUUUUCAACAAAUUUGGGAAGUAGACUUUGAUCUUUUCAAUGAAUUAGAAACCAUGCAAGAUGAAGAGGGAGAACUUAAUGAGAAUAUUAAUAGUGGUACUUUAUUUGCCAUUAGACAAUUACAUAAAUGUCAAAAUAUGAUGAGACCAAAUGAUUAUAAUAAAUAUCUUAAAGAUUUAUUUCUGGAAUUUGAAAAUAUCAUAUAUCAAUGGCGAGUAUAUUGCUUAACUGAGCAAGACUUUGAAUUAUGCACCAAAUGGAUUUAUUUUAUUAUUAAUUCAUGUUUCAAUAAUUUAAAUGAGAUGGAGAUUGGGUAUAUUCAAUCUUUAAUUAAAUUAUUGGAAACGAAAAAGAAUGAAGGUCGUAAAAAGGAGGAAGAUGUAAAGAUUGAGAAAUAUGAUUUAUAUAAUGAUUUAUUUGUUGAUUCACAACCAAAUAAUGCUACUGCUAAUAAAGAAAUCAAUCUGAAGAAUAUACCAAUGAGAAAAAUUAAAGUGACAUUAAAAGAAGUUCUUGAAGAUUAUUGUGAGCAACGAGGGUAUUUGAUAGAGAAAGAAGAAAAUAAAUACACGACUUUACCAUCAAUGGGAUACGCUAAUGGUGACAAUAUCAUGGUGCCUGUAUUUAAGAUCACUAAUGGUGGGAAUAAGAAUUGUAAACAUAUUGCAAUAAAGAACGAUAUAAUAUGGGUCAAAGAUAGAGCUGUUGAGAAAGCACCAUAUAUACCUAUCUAUCUUUGGGAAUUAACUUUAUAA